CGUCUCAUGUGGAGGUGCGGAGCGAGAGCAGUUGACUUGCCGAGACUUGAUACAUGAAAAGCCAUGCUUGGUUCCAACGACACUCGUUUAGUCAGAGGGCGAUGCACCUCUCGCCCCCGGCUAUAAGAAGCCGUGUUCAUGCACGCCGUAUCACUACAAUAACGUGCCAUCGCCUCAUCUUCGACCUCACCCAGCAACAAGAUUGAGAUGGCGUCCGUCCGCCCGUUCGCGGUGGCGCUGCUCGCCUGUGCCGUCGCCUUCCUCGUCGCCGCGGCGGGCGCCCAGCCGACGGACCCUGGCCAGCUGAGCGACCCCAUCCUGUCGAACCCGGACGUGAUCCCCGUCUACAUGAGCCCCGGCGCGCCUCCCACUUACGUGAGCUGCUACGACAAGAGCAACCAGACGCAACCGCCGGUGUGCUCCUUCCUCGCCCGCGAGUGCCCCCGCGGCUGCCGGGACACCUGUUACGCCCACUGCCCCUCCUGCAAGCUCGUCUGCCUGUGUGAACUGACCGGGACGGAGUGCUACGACCCGCGCUUCGUCGGCGGCGACGGCAACAAGUUCCUGUUCCACGGCCGCCGAGACGCCGACUUCUGCCUGCUCUCGGACAACAACCUGCACAUCAACGCACACUUCAUCGGCAAGCGCAACGCGCUGGGCGCGCGGGACUUCACCUGGGUGCAGGCGCUCGGCAUCCGCUUCGGCGGCCACCGCCUGUACCUCGGCGUCCGGCGGACCGUCAGCUGGGACGGCGCCGUCGACCGCCUGGCCAUCACCUUCGACGGCGCGCCCGUCCCGCUGGCCGCCGUGGCCGGUGCCAGCUGGAGCCCGUCCUCUGCGCCCGCGCUCUCGAUCUUCCGCACCGGCCCGGCCAACGGCGUGGUGGUGCGCCUCGACGGGCGGUUCCGCAUCGUCGCCAACGCGGUGCCCGUCACCGAGGAGGACUCGAGGAUCCACGGGUACGGCCUGACCCCCGACGACAGCCUCGCGCACCUCAACGUAGCGUUCAAGUUCUACUCCAUCAGCUCAGACGUGCACGGCGUGCUGGGCCAGACCUACAGGCCGGACUACGUCAGCGCCGGGGUGGACGCGGGCGCCAAGAUCCCCGUGAUGGGCGGCGCCGGCCGGUACCAGGUGUCCGGCAUCUUCGCCACGGACUGCGAGGUGGCCCGCUUCGCCGGCGUGGACGGCCUGGCCGGGUCCUUGGACAUCAUCGAGCAGCCGACCGACGCGCUCUGCGGCAGCGGUAAGGGAGGCGCCGGCCUGGUCUGCAAGAAGUGAAGUUCUGGAGCUCCCACGGACAAGGGCUGGGAGCUGGUUUGAUUAGUGUUUUGCUUUCGGAUGAAAAGGAGUAGUUCUACGCAUGACGACCGAAUAAAAAGCUUGUGUGUGACGUGUCUUGUGCUAGUCGUGUGAGCAACGCUGGAACGUGUAGCGUUGCUCAGUCAGUGCUGGGUUAGGAUAGGAUCCGCAUGGUAUUCAUGCCCUGUUGACCAAAUCCUAGCCACUUUUGUUAUCGGUGUUUGGUUUCGAACAGAGUUUUAGCAAUAAAUUAUGAUUGCUGUGG